GCGGCGCCAUCUUGGUAAGGUCAAUAACAGUUAGCGGUAUAUACUGAGGGAUACGAACUACAUUCUGUGAUUAUGAGCAAAAUUAAGUUUAUACUUCAUUGAAACAGAAGGGUGUGCAUUUAAAUGAUAGCAGAAUGCAACCCUUAAACGCAAGCCAUGGCCAUUUUUGACCGCCUUUUUAACUAGCUUAGUCUACCUAACUAUGGUAUGGUUAGCUAGGUAACUUAACUAGCAGCGAUUGUUUGUUUGCAGGUUACGCAACUUUAGUGAGGGAAAGUAAAUGUUGACCGAACUGGCAAGUCUGUUUAUACGAAGAGGAAGAACAAAGCGUCAACAUGUCGUUCAGAAAAGAAGUAUUUCAGGCAAAAGUCCUGCAGAGACUCUACCCUGCAAGACUAAAGGUAGAAAAAGCGCCCGAGACUCCUGUCCAUCAUCCCCAAGCCGCUAAAUCUUUUAAAGGUGUUCAAGUGAAGCCAAGCAAAGGGCCUGGUCAUGCAGAAGUAUCUGGUCUAUCAGGCAGGAAGGUGUACACCGUCCUCCCUCCGCCUAAAGACUACAUUCCUGCCAGUGGAGAUGGAUUGGGGUUGCCCUCUGAUACACAAGCUGUCAACAAUGCAGAUGAGAUGCCUGUUGAUCUUUCAGGGUCAGAAGAUGGGAAAGAUGACUGUGCAAGCAAGAAGAGGAAGCGAAGGAGGACGAGAAAGGCAGCUACACUCUCUGAAGGGAAUCCAGCUACCGCUGCUGCUGACUACGACAAAGCCGAAGGUGCUGAGGAGAGAAAUCCAGGGAACGUAAGGGGCUCGGAAUGCCUCAGCAAAAACAAGAGGAGGAAGAUGAAGAAGAAGAGGCACAAAGAGAAGCUGCUCUCGCUCGGCCUCGUGCCCCGAUCCGUGGCCAUCGAGUUCACUUACAAAGAAAGUGAGGAAAAAAAUGAGGAAGAUGAAGAAAAGAAGGUGGAAGAGGUUCUGGAUUUUCUUCAGUCUACACGAGAUCUCUAUUUCUCAGAUCGCUCUUGCAGUACAGGCGAUCCUUCUGUCUUUCUCAGUACGACAGACUCGCUCUUCACCCGUCUGUCAGACGGCACGUCUCCCCCCGCUGACCUGUCUGUCCUGCGUCGGCUCAGAGCUCUGCUGCGUCAGAGGGAGGUGGAGGAGUUACACACCGUGCUGCAGGAGUUCACACACACUUCCAGACUGCCUAAAGAUGAGACCGAAGCGAUCUGCACUCUCUUCCACUACUGGAUAACUGAGGUUCUCCCCAUGCAGACGGAAACGAAGGCGUGACCACGACGUGCAUUCAUACAUGCUACGGUCCUGCACUUCACUUUCUGCUCCUGAUCCAGUGCUCUUCUUUAAUAUUAAGGGGAGUGGGAGACGGAAGUCAUUUUCUGUGAGAGGACAAAUCUACAGAUGUAGAAAUGACUGAACGCAGUGCUGCAUUUACUGCCAUCAUCGUGAUGGAUUCAAGAAACCUAGUUCAACCUAAUCUAGUUCAACGAUUAAAACAAUGACCUCUUCCCAACAUCCUAGAAACCAUUAAUAUGCCUUAUGCGUGUUUUAUAACUGGUGGUUCUAAAAGUGAGCUUAUAUUACAUUUACUUCUCAAAGUGAUUUACAAUUAAGACAGGACCCAAGUGAGGGUUAAGAGACUUGCUGAAGGGUCCAAGAGUGGCAGGUGCUGGGAUUUAAACUUCUAAACACCUUCACCACUUCCUGAAGCAUAGCCAGAGGGUAGGUGAUGUUUUUAUAGACAAUCACCACAACUUAUCAUCAUUAUUAUGGAGUUGUAUAGCUCCUACUGGACUGGUCACCUCCAAAACCUCAAUAAUGCAAAAGCAACCAGGCUUUAAAACAGAACCUAAUUUUAGGAAAAGUGCUAUGGCUGCAAUAAAUAUCCUAAAUAUCACCCUACACAUAUAAGUAAUGAGUCUAUUCAGACACUGUUCUUUGAGGGUCUCAUCAGCGCACAUGUUAUUUUUCACUAUUCUCUUGAGCUUGCCUAUAAAGUGGUGCGGAAUAGAUGAUUAUUAGGCAUAAUUCUGUUUACUAGACCAAUGAAAGUUUUGACUAGAUUAUGAGGCUAGCUUGCUUUGUUAUAAAUUCUGUAUCUGUGGAAAACCAGCUCUGUGAGGUUCAGCUUGACUGUGAAGAAAUCCCUUGAUGAGCAAGUGACUGUGUAUCCUUCAGCAACAGCAAUGCAGUGAAUCUCUGUUUCACAGUGUGUUAGUUAUGGGUUUAAUAAAAACUUUCACAGUA